AUGCCACAUCCAAGCCUCGAAUACACCACUGUGCAACCUGCACUAGAUACCUACCCUAAGAACGCAACGCGCAACAACGCCAACGGCACAGACACGGACGUGCUCGAAAGACUAAAGAUUCGUGAGAUCUGCGAAGGAUGGGGCAUGUACCGCGACGCAGCCGAAUGGCAAAAUUACUCCUCCAUGUUUCACCCUGGCGCGUACAUUACAACAUCAUGGACCCAAGGCCGUCUUGACGACUUCAUCGCUUCUUCAAAAGAGGGAUUCGAGAAACAGACACCCCAUGGUCCUUUCCCUUAUAUCCUGCAUAGGAUCUGUGGGCAGACGGUUGACAUUCAGGGUGAUCGCGCGAUUAGCAAGAUGAAGGUUACAAUUACGUGUCGUAUCAUGCUGGAUGACAUUGAAAUGGAUAAUGAAGCUGAUACCCGCUUCUUUUUCUUCUUGUCUAAGAAUGGGCAGGGGAAAUGGGGGGUGAAUUUCAUGACUCUGCUUUUCGACAAGGACAAGAUGGUGCCUGUUGUUCCUGGCAAGGCGUUUGACAUACCGGAGAACGAAGCCAAGCAGUAUCCGAGUGGAUACCGGUAUCUGGCGUGGGCGGAAAGUAAGGCGGGAAGGCCACCGAAGAUGGACCUGAAUGCGCAUGGACCAGAAAGAGAUAUCCUGUAUGCCAAGUGUAAGACUUGGUUAGAGGGAGGGGAGGUAAAACCUAACCUUACGGGACAUGAUGUUGUGCAGUACUAG